AUGGAUACUGAGCGGAGAGGUGGUCGAGGUGAUCGCAUUGGUCGAUACGGCAACACACACAAUGACCACAACUUUCGAGACAUGGACUACCGUGGUUUUGGCCAAGAAGAUGAGACAACCGAAGCAGAAUAUGAUGUCCGCAAUGAGGACAGACCUUACGUCCAUAACGAAUCAUCUUUGAGCGCCUCUGAAGUCUUACCAGGUCAAUUCCAAGAGGACCAAGGGUUUCAUCAGAGAGAGAAUGGAGGUAGUGAAGUCAAAAAGCUCCUGUGGCCUCCAGGCUCCAAGUCCUCAACUGAUGUGUUUGAUGAGGAGAAAACAACAAAGAGAGAUUUUGAAAGGCUUCGAACUGGAUCAGAGGGGAAAGGAAGGAGGAAAUGUAGUAGAAACUUUGAUGGCAACUCACAUUUAGGGAGUGGGGAAGGAAACAGAGUUCGUCAAAGCGGUGCCUGUUUUGAACAGAUGGAGCACAACUUUGAGCGGCAAAGAGAGGAGGGCAGAUUCUCUCAUGGAGCAGGAAUCAGAAAGAUGUUUCCAAGUGAGCCUGAGGGACAUGGCCUUUGUAGUUCUGAAUCGGACCUGUCUUAUGAUGAAGUAGAGCAAAGGGACCAAGAUUAUCGAGCUGAUCAAGACUACAAUCAGAGGCCCAGCAACAUUGUAAUGCUUCGCAUGCUGCCACCCAACGCAACUGCUAAUGAGAUCUGGGCAGCACUUCAAGAGCAGGGGAUCCAGCCCAAAGAGGUUCGACUCAUGAGGAACAAAUCCUCAGGUCAGAGCCGAGGAUUCGCCUUCGUCGAGUUUAAUCUCAUACAGGAGGCCACCCGCUGGAUGGAGACCAACCAGUGCGUGCUCAUGAUUCUGGGACAUCGAGUGUCCAUGCACUAUAGCAACCCUAAACCACGAGCCAAUGAGGACUGGCUUUGCAACAAGUGUGGAGUGCAAAACUUUAAAAGAAGGGAAAGGUGCUUCAAAUGUAGUGCACCCAAAUCAGAAGCAGAGCUGAAGUUACCACAAUUGCACACAGAUACAUCACUUACGCUUCAAAAAGAGAGUGCCCAAGGCUUGCUGCCCCUUCCAACACCAUUUCAGGCCUCUGUUUCUGCGCCCCAUUCAGGCCAAGUUACACAUCAAGCAGAUGUUGCCAAUGAUACUCUGAUCCUGAGAAACCUUGGACAGCAUACAACAGUUGAAACCAUUUUAUCUGCAUUGGCCUCAUUUGCCACUCUGUCACCUUCCAACAUUCGCCUCAUUAAGGACAAGAACACAAAUCUCAACAGGGGCUUUGCUUUUCUGCAGCUCUCCACCAUAGUGGAGGCAUCUCAGCUCCUACAGAUCUUGCAGGCUCUCAAGCAGCCACUUUCUAUUGAUGGAAAGGUGAUUGUGGUGGAGUUUGCUAAAGGCUCUAAGCGUGACGUGUUUGUAGCAGAUAGCAGUCGAGUGAAUGCUGCUUCCGUGGCCAGCACUGCUAUUGCUGCAGCACAGUGGGCUGUUACACAGACUGCACAAAAUGGUGGUGAAAUGUAUCAGCACGGAGCGGCAAUAGCAUAUACUAAGGAGGGUAAUGGUUACUCUUUGCCAGAUGGGCAACAUUUUCAAGUCCAGGCAGACACCAGGGUUGCCGUUCUGCCAAGUACAGGAACACCUCUGAGGGGGAUGUAUUCGGCAUCAGCUACCCCAACUGCAGUGAUUCCAGGUCAAGCGUUAGCAUCUGGAAUAGCUAUCAUGCAGCAGCCUCAAACUCAGACUCCUAAUGCCCAGGUUGAAAUAGUUGGAAAACCCCAACCAGCUGUAUCCAGCCAGCCCGCAACACCAGGCACCGCUCAUGAGCUCCAGCGAUAUCCUGUACCAGAUGUAACCACAUACCAAUAUGAUGAAAGCUCAGGCUACUAUUAUGAUCCACUGACAGGACUCUAUUACGACCCAAACUCCCAGUACUAUUACAACCCACACACUCAGCAGUUCAUGUACUGGGAAGGAGAAAAGCACACAUACAUUUCUGCCACUUCUGGACAGUCAAAUGCAGAAGGUGUGCCCACUGGUGAUGAUGCACCCCCCACAGACAUGUUUCCUAAUCUUGGCAGCAAGGAGAAAAAAGAUAAGCCCAAAAGUAAAACUGCUCAACAGAUUGCCAAAGAUAUGGAACGUUGGGCCAAGAGUCUGAAUAGACACAAGGAAAACAUGCGCUCUGUUUCCUCUUCCCUUGCGACUGGUUCCACUGAUCGUAGAGAAUCUGCCAGCGCAGAUGCGGGUUAUGCUGUUCUUGAGAAAAAGGGGACGCUGUUAGAGCGGCCUCAAAUCUUCCUUGACCAGCUCAGACAACCAGAAUCACCCCCUCCACAGCAGCUGGGUCUUGUUCCAGCCUACAGUGGGGAAAGUGACAGCGAAGAAGAAGGAGGCGAGAAAGGUGAGAAGGAAGGGAAGAUGACUGACUGGGUGAAACUGGCCUGUCUGCUGUGUAGAAGACAGUUUCCUAGCAAAGAGGCCCUUAUUCGGCACCAGCAGCUCUCUGAACUACAUAAGCAAAAUCUAGAGCAAAGAAGAAUGCAGGAAGCUGCAGGAAAGGAGAGACAAACAGAUGAACUCCAAGCUCCUGAUUCGAAGAAAAGGAAGACAACUGCCAUGGAUGGGCUCACUGGCUCCAGUCUUGGUGCAAGAAUGCUCCAAGGAGGAGUGAAAAAGGGACUUCUGUUGCGCAAUAUGCAAAUGCAGUGA